AUGGACCGCCAACCCACGGUGGCGCCGCACGUGGUCUUCCUCCCGUUCCCGGCGCAGGGCCACGUCAAGCCCAUGUUCAUGCUGGCGAAGCUCCUCUGCCACGUGGGCGGUUUCCAGGCGACUUUCGUCAACACCGAGCACAACCACGCGCUCCUCCAGCGCACUCUCGCCGCCGGCGACCUCCCCGCCGGAUUCCGCUUCCUGUCCCUCCCGGACGCCGUGCCCCACGACCGGGAGCAGCAGCAGUCCAGCAUCUCCACGGUCCGCGAGCUGUUCAACUCCAUCCGGAACUCCAAGCCGGAGUUCCGCCGGCUGGUGGCGGAACUCUCCCCGACGUGCAUCAUCGCCGACGGAAUCAUGUCGCUGGGCUUUGAUGUGGCGGUGGAGCUCGGGAUUCCGGUCAUCGCGUUUCCGGAUGCUGACAUGGACGUGCCGAUCACUUCCAUUCCCGGGCUAGAAGGAAUCCUACGCCGGCGGGACCUCCCCAGCAUAUGCAGGCACGGAACUCCGCCGUCGAUCCUCAAUUUCUUCCUCAGGGAAACCGAAUCGAUGAGGCGGGCUUCCGGUUUGAUCCUCAACACGUUUGACGGGCUGGAAGGCCCAAUGAUCUCCAGGCUCUCCACCAUCUUCCCCAAAAUCUUCCCCGUAGGCCCAUUGCACGGCCUGCUGAGCAACGUGGUGAAAGAAGAAGAGCCUCUAACCGCCUCAAACGGCGGGCUUAAGGAAGAGGACAGGAGCUGCAUGACGUGGCUCGACUCCCAGCCGUCCAAAUCUGUGAUCUUCGUCAGCUUCGGGAGCCUGGUCGCGCUGACGGAGGCCCAGUUUGUCGAGUUCUGGCACGGACUGGUGAACAGCGGGAAGCCGUUUUUAUGGGUCGUGAGAUCGGACUCUGUGCUGGGGGAAGAUGAGGUUCCGAGCUCCGUGGAAGUUCUUUCGGGCUUGAAAUCGGGGGCGGCCCAUGAUGGGAGUAGGUGUUGUGUAGUGGACUGGGCCCCGCAGGUUGAGGUUCUGGCCCAUGAAGCGGUCGGUGGGUUUUUGACUCACAGCGGAUGGAACUCGACGGUGGAGAGUGUUCUAGCAGGAGUGCCGAUGGCUUGUUGGCCGCGGUUGAGUGACCAGCAGGUUAAUAGUAGGGCAGUUAGUGAUGUGUGGAGGAUUGGGCUUGAUAUGAAGGACAAGUGGGACAGAUCGACGGUGGAAAAGACUGUGAGGGAGUUGAUGGAGGGGAGGAGGGACGAGAUUAUGAAAUCGACUAUUGAAAUGGCGGGGAUGGCUCGUGGCAGCGUCGAGGAAGGUGGAUCUUCGUACCAUAAUCUGGAAAAGUUGAUCGUAUACAUUCGAUCGAUGUGUUAGGUUAUCUAAUUCAUUCGUUUCAAUUGAACUUCAACUUUUUUUUGUUAUCCAUAAGAGUUUACCUUUACAAUCUUGAAUUAUGUGGCGGAUUUUAUCAACUCUGCA